AUGGGGUCCAGCAUGGAUAAUGAUACUCGGGGAUGGAUUAUGUGUGUAGUCAGUGGAAUUGCUUGUGUCGCCGGAGCCAGCAUAAUUUGCGUCGAUGUAUUAGUACGAUUGAUACCGAGUAAGAAGAACUUCAGGAUACAGGAUAGUAGUGUCUUCCUUGCAUCCUCGUUGAGUCUGAGUUUUGGAGUCAUGCUUUUCUCCGCCCUGUACAGCAUGCUCCCGUCCUCGAAAAAGUACCUUAUAAAAAGUGGAUAUACACCUUCAGAGGCGGCAUGGUUAUUGCUUCUCGGGUUUAUGGUUGGGUUCGUUGGGAUACAGGUUAUUUCGAGGUUUCUGCACCACUAUAUCCCCUCGCAUGUUGUCGACUGCGAUCAUAAUCAUGAGGAGGAAACAAACCACCACUCCCACGAUCAUAGCAGAACACAAUCGCAUGGGAGCCACAGCCAUUCACACCACUGCAAGGCAUCGACGUCUAAUCAGAGGGCGACUGAAUCUACCCCUCUACUACCUGGCGAGGAAGCAUCCAACGGGAACGGUAGAGCUUUACCCCCACCUGUAGAUAAUUCGAUGCCAAGAAACAGCAGUGGCCCCCCCCGCUCCCGGCGGGCGACUGACAAUAUCGGUCAUCGAAGACCCUCUAUGAUUGAGGUGCAGAAGCGGGUUUUAUCUUUUGUGAAAGACACCAAGACGAAUUGUGAUUCCACCGGACCAUGUUUUGGAUACUCAGACCCAUGUGGCCAAGAAUGCUUCAAGCAUAUCGCCACCAAAACAGCUCCCAACAGCCGACACCCAACCUUACUCCGCACCACAACAGGUUCCUUAUUUCCCCCAUCCUCCACCAUAUCCGAAGAAGACGACGACGAACCUCCCACCCGCCGCUCAAGAACCACCACUCGCGCCCACUCCCGCGACCCAAUGGACGAGGCCUGUGAUUCGGAGUCUGACACCGAAGACCUGGAAGCACAACAUCAUCACCACGUCCCCGAAAACGCCUUCAUGUCCAUAGGCCUGCAAACAUCCAUCGCCAUCGCCCUCCACAAGCUCCCCGAAGGGUUCAUUACCUAUGCAACCAACCACGCGAACCCCUCUCUCGGAUUCUCCGUCUUCAUGGCUCUCUUUAUUCACAACAUCACCGAAGGCUUCGCUCUCGCCCUCCCUCUCUUCCUUGCUCUCCACUCCAAAUUCCGUGCCAUGUUCUGGGCCGCGGUACUGGGAGGAGUGAGUCAACCUUUAGGUGCAGGCAUUGCUGCAGCUUGGUUCAAAAUUGCCGGAAAUAAGGGCCACAAACCUGGAGAAGCAGCUUAUGGAGUGAUGUUUGCUAUUACGGCCGGCAUUAUGGCUAGUGUGGCCUUGCAUCUCUUUGUUGAAAGCUUGAGUCUGACGCAUAAUCGGCAGCUUUGUGUUGCGUUUGGGUUUGUGGGUAUGGCGAUUAUGGGGAUCAGCAAUGCUCUUACUUCUUGA